UGCGGCCUCUUCCUACUCUGCAUCCGCCGAUCCCUCCCGGGGACGGGCGCUGAUCUAUGCAAACCACGGGGAUCCAGCCAAAGUCGUCGAAAAGCAAGGUACCUGGCCAAAGUGAUACAGCUAAUAAGCUGUAUUGGAGGAGAGAUUGGAAUCCAUGACUUCUGUCCCGUACGAAUUCCUCCCCACUGCACCAUCUGUGCACCUUGACCCAGUUAAAAAGGGCUGUUCUGGACCCGUCAGACCUAAGACUAAAGAACGUGGAGCUAGCUGCUGUGGGAGGAUCAGACGUCCGCGUGAGGAUGCUGGCGGCCCCUAUCAAUCCAUCUGACAUAAAUAUGAUCCAAGGGAACUAUGGCCUCCUUCCCAAGCUGCCCGCUGUUGGAGGAAAUGAAGGCGUUGGACAGGUGGUCGCAGUGGGCAGCAGUGUGACUGGGCUGAAGCCAGGAGACUGGGUGAUUCCAGCAAAUGCUGGUUUGGGAACCUGGCGGACCGAGGCUGUGUUCAGCGAGGAAGCCCUGAUUGAAAUCCCCAGUGACAUCCCCCUUCAGAGUGCUGCCACCCUGGGUGUCAACCCCUGCACAGCCUACAGGAUGUUGGUGGACUUCGAGCAGCUGCAGCCAGGGGAUUCUGUCAUCCAGAACGCAUCCAACAGUGGAGUAGGGCAAGCAGUCAUCCAGAUCGCCGCAGCGCUGGGCCUGAGGACCAUCAAUGUGGUCCGAGACAGACCUGACAUCCAGAAGCUGGCGAACAGACUGAAGGAUCUGGGCGCCAAGCAUGUCAUCACGGAGGAGGAACUGAGAAAGCCUGAAACGAAAAACCUCUUCAAGGACAUGCCCCAGCCACGGCUUGCGCUCAACUGUGUCGGUGGGAAAAGCUCCACAGAGCUGCUUCGGCACUUAGCGCCUGGAGGGACCAUGGUGACCUAUGGCGGGAUGGCCAAGCAGCCUGUCACAGCCUCUGUGAGCCUGCUCAUUUUUAAGGACCUCAGACUUCGGGGCUUUUGGUUGUCCCAGUGGAAGAAGAAACACGGUCCAGGUGAGUUCAAGAGUCUGAUCCUCACUCUGUGCGCCCUCAUCCGCCAAGGCCAGCUCACGGCCCCCGCCUGCACUGAGGUCCCCCUGCAGGACUACCAGCGGGCCUUGGGCGCCUCCAUGGAGCCCUUCGCGUCUUCAAAGCAGAUUCUCACCAUGUGACCAUCCCAGAGAGCCAGAGCAAAGCAGGAGGAGACGUGGACCACCAGGGCCAGCCCUCCCCAGACUGCUCUCUGUUCACUGCUCACCCACCAGCAGGGUGCAAGGCCGGCCCUGUAAAUAAAGUCUGAACUUCCCGAAAAAGUACUUAAGCCA